AUGGAUCCUCAAUUUAAGAAAAUUUUGCAACAGAAACGCCAAAAUGUAGAAGAUUUAUUCGAUUUUGAAGGAUGCAAAGUUGGUCGAGGUACUUAUGGUCAUGUUUAUAAAGCAAAAAUGAAAACAAGCGGCAAGGAAUAUGCCUUGAAAUUAAUCGAAGGAACGGGAAUUUCCAUGUCAGCUUGUCGUGAGAUUGCUAUUUUACGCGAAAUUAGUCAUACUCAUGUCAUCUCCUUACAAGGUGUAUUCCUGACUCAUGCUAGUCGAAAAGUGUGGUUAUUGCUGGAUUUUGCUGAACAUGAUUUAUGGCAUAUUAUUAAAUUUCAUCGUCCAAAAGGUGGUAAAAAAUCCGUACCCAUUGAUACCAAAAUAGUAAAAUCCUUACUGCGACAAAUUUUAGAUGGUAUCCAGUAUUUACAUUCAAAUUGGAUUCUCCAUCGUGAUUUGAAACCUGCUAAUAUUUUGGUCAUGGGUGACGGACUCGAGCGAGGACGUGUAAAGAUCGCGGAUAUGGGCUUUGCAAGACAUUUUUGGGCCCCACUGAAGCCUCUAGCUGACUUAGAUCCUGUCGUGGUUACAUUUUGGUAUCGAGCACCUGAAUUAUUGUUAGGGGCAAGGCAUUACACCAAAGCUAUCGAUAUUUGGGCUAUUGGUUGCAUCUUUGCGGAACUACUUACUUCCGAGCCUAUUUUUCAUUGUCGUCAGGAAGAUCUUAAGGCAACAACCCCUUACCAUCAUGACCAACUCGAUAGAAUAUUCACCGUAAUGGGUUUUCCUCAUGAAAGGGACUGGGAAGAUAUAAAAAUUAUGCCAGAAUACAAAAGACUUCAGGAAGACUUCAAGAAACCAUCGUACGUAAAUUUUGCAAGUUGCAGCUUGGCAAAGUAUAUGGAUAAAUUUAAAAUCAGACAUGACAGCAGGGAAUUUAGUCUGCUACAAAAAUUUCUUAUUGCGGACCCUAAUAAAAGAAUUUCGGCUGAAUUAGCCAUGGAUGAUGCUUAUUUUCGUGAAGAACCUUAUCCAACUGAUGACGUAUUUGACGGGAAGCCUAUACCUUAUCCGAAGAGAGAAUUUUUGCAUGAUGAUGAACAUGAAGAGAAACACGAUAAAAAUAAGGUUCGACACUGCGUCUUCAUUUUUUCACCUGAAAUAAUUCAGAUUUAA